GUGCAGACGACACCGAUGUUUUGAUGGACACCUAAGCAAGGAUUUCGUGAUAUAUAUAUAUAAAAUUUACGCCAUUCUUAUACAACGACUUUACACAACAAAUUAAAAGAUGCCAGGGAAAGUUAAAGUCCGAGUGGUGGCAGGCCGAAACCUGCCUGUUAUGGACCGCUCGUCAGACACAACAGAUGCUUAUGUGGAAGUAAAGCUGGGAGCUGUCACCUACAAGACAGAAGUCUACAGAAAAAGCCUGAAUCCACAGUGGAAUUCAGAAUGGUUUCGGUUUGAGGUGGAUGACCAAGAACUCCAAGAUGAACCCCUUCAAGUUCGCCUGAUGGACCACGACACAUACUCAGCCAAUGAUGCUAUUGGCAAAGUGUAUGUGGAUCUGAACCCUCUGCUCCUGCCACCUCCAAGCCCCCCACACUCUCAGCGACACCAGCAGGACCCUUCCCAACCAGGAACGGCUGUUAUGUCUGGUUGGCUGCCAGUAUACGACACAAUGCAUGGGAUUCGCGGUGAGGUCAACAUUGUAGUGAAAGUCGACCUGUUCUCAGACUUCAACAAAUUUCGACAGUCAUCAUGUGGUGUCCAGUUUUUUUUCAAUCCAGAAAUUCCUGCUGGUUAUAGAUGCCAGAAUAUCGUUGGCUUUGUAGAAGAACUUGUUGUGAACGAUGAUCCAGAGUACCAGUGGAUUGACAAAAUCCGAACACCCAGAGCAAGCAACGAAGCCCGGCAGACACUGUUCUUCAAGCUUUCGGGAGAGCUACAGAGACGUAUUGGGCUCAAGGUCUUGGAGCUCGGUGGAAAUGCUGUGAUUGGUUACAGACAGUGCUUUGAUCUAGAAGGAGAAACUGGUAUUGUUGUACGUGGUCUUGGAUCUGCAGUGACUCUCGUUCGCCUGCACUAUGACUCUGGCACAGCUGGUGGAACGACUCAUUCUCCAUCGCCACUACGGGAGAUCACUGCUCAGAGAGAUUUGGAUGAUGAGAUUGUACUAGAGAAUAUGUAUGUUGUUGUUCCUAACUCUGAUAAACCUAUGCCUAUUUCUGUUGUUCACAUUCCUAAUAAAUUAUCAUCAUCUUCCCCAAGUCCUUGGACCAGCCCACACUCAGUUUUACGAUGCAGCCCAACAUAUUCACCUCAUAACCCGUCCUAUCAUCCGUCACAGUGGCUUGACCUUAUGGUUAGUCCAGUGGCAGAUCAUUCCAAGCCACUGCCAGGCCAGUUAGCUCUGACAAGUGCCAAACGCAUGAUUCGUGGUCUUCCCUUAGUGAGACGUAAGAGAAGUUCCACAAUCACGCAACAUCCCCCAGUUUACAUGCAGCGAAAUUCAUCCCUACCACAUGCAAAUUGCUCUAGAAGUUUUGGUUGUCGCAGACCUCACAAGACGAGAGGGCCCUGGCCAAUGCAUGGUUUUCAAUACAGACAGCAACCUAUGUCUCCUACCUGGUCAGGUGUGCGACAAGAUAGUAUAGAGUCUCUGAGAGCUGGGCUUCGCAAGACAGCCCAGAAAGUUAUGAGGCUCCGAGGACUUGAAAAGUCUCAAAGCUUUGAUGUUAGUGGAGUUUAUAGUGGAAAAUCUUCAAGUAAAAGUUCUCAAAAGUCUGCUCCUAAAGUACAUAGCCCUAUGGUGAGACUGUUGGGUCGAGGUCAAUCAUGGGUGAAGCCUCAAAAUGUAAGAGAUAGGAAUGAGGGGUCAAUUACUUCUCCAGAGGACUCAAAUGAAGACUAUGAUCUAGAUUCUCCUGAUGUAGAAGUCAUAGGUCUCGACGAAGAGGAGGUUAGUCAAUAUUCGGAUGAAGAAGACAUUGGUCCUGAAGUAACCAAUAUAGAGUACUCAUAUAAGACAUUAUCAACAGCCUUUUCAGAUCCAACACUGAAUAAGAGCAUUUAUGCUAGAGAAAGUUUUGUUGAUGAUCAAACUUCACCAGGACCAUUACAGUUUAUUUCUUCAGAUGAAGAUACAUGUAGUUCAGAGCUCACAUCAAAUUUCAGCAGUCCAGAGCAUGUUGUAGGGUUACCAGGAAGUGAAGUUCCAACACAAGGUUCCCCACAAAAAUUUUUCAUUAGUGAGGAAGAGCUUACAUCGCAAAGUUCUAUUGAGAGUCAUUUUACAGGUCCUGUAGAUGUUAGUGACUUACAUCGGGGUUUGACCCGUUCUUUGAGUGACUCAAUUAGGUCCUGCAGUGAGAUGUGUGGGUCCACAACACCUGAUGCUGAAUUUGCUCUUACAUCACCUCCUAUGCCUCAGCUGGGUAAUGCUAUUCCUUAUUGUGAAAAAUGCAAUUCAUUCUGCAAUAAAUGUACAAGUUUUGAAGAACCUGUUGCUGAAGGUUUUAAUCAAGAAAAUGGAGAAAGACAAUGUGAUGAGCAGACUAGACUUGAGAGGAAGAGUGGUUUGUGUAUGGUCACAACAACCCAUGAAUUCAUCCAGUCUGAGAGAGAGAAGAACAUUAUUUUAGAAGAAUCCCAGCAAGAGGAAAGACUAGUUGUUACAUCAGGUUUGGAUUAUAACAACAAACCAGAGAUCCUUAGUCUUGAGCUCCUCCCAGUAAGAGAACCAUUUUUAAAACAAAAUGAAGAGCAAAUGCCCCAUGUGAACACCAGCCCAUUGCCUGAUAUUGCAGUUACUCCUUCAACUCCCAUUCUUCCUGCAAAAACUAAGGUAUUCACACUCCCACAUUUAGAGCAGGCAAAUACUGCUGCAAGCGAUGACACCUGCAUAAAAGUAGAUGCAGCAACUAAGAGGCAUUCAUCAUCUGUGUGUGUAUCACCCUGUAUAAGUGUACAGAACAACCUUCCUGUGUCCACUUCAAGCCCAACUCUAACAUGUGGUAUGUCUCAAAUCCCUAAUACCAUGCAACCACAUUACUUGAAACCUUCGUCCACUUCAUCCUCAUUCAGAUCCUCGGUAUCAGCAUCCUCAAAUCUGUCCUCAUUGUCUUCAUCUUCCUCUUCUUCAUUUCAUCAUGUAGCAAGUAGUCAGAGCAUGGAUAGCAGAGACUUGCUUCAGUGUGCUUUAGAUGUAGCAGCUAAGUGUCCCUCCCAUCCUGUGUACAUCUCUAGCCUAGACAUGUUAGUGGAGGCCCGGCCCGGCUCAGCAUCGAUGGUAGGCUCCCCGAAGCGCUCGUCUCGUAGUCGCCAUACUAGUGGCUGUUACCCCGUGUCCAGGAGCCCCUUACCCAUUGAGACCGACGGAUCCAAGAAUGAGGCUGGUUCUGUGGGCUGUGCUGCCACCAAUGGAAGCAUACCAACGCACUCCCCAACGCAUUCAGGAAAGCUGGCCAGCCCUGCACGCACACCGGGAGUCUCCAUCAACAGACGUUCAUCUGAUUCUGACCUUUCCAUCACUCCAAAAGGUGGUAGCUUGGCAGGUAGUGGUGGAUCUUCAGGGGGAGGGGGAGGGGGCAAGGGGGGGACAAUGACUGGGAUACACCGACCUAUAAUGACCCAGGAUUCCUUUGAUCUCCUUGAGUACCCCUUCCUCACCAUGAAGAAUUUCCCAACUGGAUUCAUCCUACACCUUGGUGGAACCGUGAGUGCUCGAUCUGUAAAGCUUCUGGACCGCACUCACACCCCAGAGGAGCUAGAAACACGAGACAACUGGUGGACUCAACUGAGGAUGGAAAUCCGCUCACAUGCCCGUGCUCUUGCAUGCAAUGUUGUCCUUGGGUAUGAGGAGUUUACCACAAUUAGUGAUGAAGUGUGCGUGCUCAAUGCAACUGGCACUGCUGCUGUGAUCAGCCUACACUACCUUGAUACUGAUACUGGCAUGGGAAUGCAUGGCAAUAUAAGGACUCAUAGAGAUCCAAUGACUCUGUCACUAGACCGGAAAGACUUUGAGCAGCAGCAACAAGUACAACAGCAGCAACAACAACAGCAACAACAACAACAACAACAACAGCAACAACAACAGCAACAACAACAACAACAACAGCAACAACAACAGCAACAACAACAACCACAACCACAGCCACAAACACAGUCACAACCACAGCUACAACCACAGCUACAACCACAGUUACAACCACAGUUACAACCACAGCUACAGCCACAACAACAACAAUUACCACAGCAACAACAACAACAGCAGCAGCAGCAACAGCCACAGCAACAACAACAACAACAACAACAACAACAACAACAACAGCAACAACAGCAGCAGCCACAGCCACAGCCACAGCCACAGCCACAGCCACUGCAACAGCUACAGCAACAUGUUCAUAUACCGCAACCUUCAGGAAAAUCGUCAGGGAAAGAGCCUCACACAGGCUCACAAGUUUCUCUACAAGAGAUAGGAAGAAGGAGGCUAAUGAUACUUGUGUUCAUGAUACGAAACACCAACACAUUUCCAAAACGCCGGGCUACAAAACAAUACCUUACACAGAUGCAUGUGCAGAAGACCUGCAUGAGCCGCAGCCAUCCCUGCAUCGAGGACGGCUUUUCCGGAGAUGGGGGAGGAAGCGUGACCUCACAGCUUCCUCCACCACCUCCGUCAGGCAUCAGCUCUUCGGUCUACCACACCCCGCCCACUACGCCUCCUUGUACCAUGUGCCACGUCCCUUAUUCGGAGACCUCACUGCCCUUCCGAGUCAAGAUCACAAAGUGUGUGGUAUGCAGAAAAGGAAAGGUGCCUGAUGUUCUGUUCACUACUCUAGAGCCACCUGCAGGGAUACCAAUUACAGGGAGAGGUUGCCUGAUCCAGGCUCGGGUAGCAAGGCCUAAGCGUGACUUGAAGGGAGAACUCAAUGCAAAAGAAAUCUCUGAUUCAUUACCUUUUCUUGAAUAUGAAUUACAUAAGCAGCUAAUGAACAAAAUGAAGAUCAAGGGCAUGAAUGCGCUCUUUGGUCUGCGAGUGCGAGUAACAGUGGGAGAGCGUCUCAUCGUAGGGGUGGCAACAGCAACGGCAGUAUUUUUGACUGCUCUCCAGCCACCACCAGUCCCAAGGGUAACAUCUGCAAGCUCUUGCCGGGAGGAGGAAAGACGCAGAGUAGAUGUUCAGAAACUUCUUCUUAGUACGAUAGCCAGAAACAAGGAAUGUUAUGGCACCAAGCACAUCAUAUCUGAUACCAUGGGAGAUGAGAUGAAUGGUGGUCGUGGAUCAGAUUCUGAGGACUCAGAAGAUGACCUUCCUGAGAUUGACCUUUCCUCAGGAAACAAAGACACCUGUGUUUUAGAGCUGGACGAUAUGGAAGAUGCAGAGAUGAUUGGAAUGCUGGUGGAAGGUUGUCAACCCGAUCGUCUUGUGGCAGUGUCAACAGAGAUACCCCCAGGGGUCCCCAGAGAGAACAUAGUGACCAACUUGCAGAUGUUCACCAGGGUUUGGAGAGCAAAAGUUCCUGCUACAAUGAAUCAUAGUACCUUCAAUCAGUAUUUUGACAAAAUUCUACAGAGUGUGUACUUCAAAGUCCGCAAACUGGCGCCCUGCAUACUGGCAGGCAUGCAAAUCAAUGUAGAGCUGCCAGAGGAAGACGAGUUACAAAUUAGCCUUUUGGGAAUGGUCCUUGGGGAGGGAAACCCAGCGCAGUCAGUACAAGGUGGUUCUCAGUCUGGGACUCUGGAUGUGCCCUUCAAGAAGUCUAAGCAAGAUGAUGGGGAAUUGAUAUUCAAAAUGGAGGAACUUCUUCCCUCCAGUGAUGACAGUACAAAACAUAAGCCUCCAGCUCACCCAGCCCAGAAUCUUGUGAUGUCCAAGCAGUCCACUUCAUCAAUAACAACUGUGCCAUCAGUGCCAUCUAUUUCAUCGGUUGUAUCCAUGAGCUCCUCCACUUCCUCAGCGCGAUCAUCCACUAGAUCCAGGAAUGAACAGAAAUAUGUAACGUAUCAUCAACCACCAAAGGAGAGAUAUGGAGUAGAAAUCACUCCCUUGUCUCACAUUCCUGGGGCUCGGAUAGAAAGACAUCUAGGAAACCUCAAUUUCUUCUUCAUUAGGGAAUCUACUAGUAUUAAGGAGUGUGGUGGUCUGAGUGGCUUCAUGGGAAGCUUUGUGACUGAGGUCUUAGCCUUGGUGCGUGCUCACGUUGCAGCUUUGGGCGGUAAUGCCAUGAUUGCUUACUUCAUGUCAGAGUGUGUUUUGCUUCAUAAUCCUUACAAAAAUCAGGGUCAAUGUUUAAUCAAUGUUGGAGGUGAUGUCGUUCAGGUUGUAUACAGCGCAGCUACAGCACUCCCAGAGGCCUCAGCGGAAGAGUAACUUGUAAAUUACACACGGCAAACAUCUGCUUACAUAUCGGAUCUUUUUGUGAGAUUGUAGUGGAUGCUAAAGAAAUGAUUAACUGUGAGGUGUAUAAAGUCUUAAGAGUAUAUUCAUUUGAAAACAAAAGUUUUGCUAAUAUUUGUUAAAUAUAAAUGUUAUGCAAGUGAAAAUGAAAUAUUUAUUUUUUUGCUAUUAAACGUAUUUGUGUUUCAAAAUAUAUUUAUUUUUUUGUGAUAGCUUUACAAAUAUAAAGGAAUAACUAUUGUCAUAAAGAAAUUGGUUUUUAAACAAUGAACAUAAUUUUCAGUCGGGUUACGGUGGUCAGAGCAGUUGAAUAUGUUUUUAGAGGAAAUGUUAAGAUAUGAAGUUGAUAUAUGAUGAUAGUCUUCUAAGAUGUACAGAUUUAAUGUUAACAGCCACAGAUAUAUUAAAAUAUGUCUCACAUAUUACUUGAAAAUCAUUUUUAAACAUAAAAGUUGUGAACAGUCCAAUUGUAAAUGAGAUAUAUGUAUAUAUUUGAAUUGUUGUGCAUGUGUAAGUAUUAUACACAGCUGUAUAUAUUACUGUUUCCUAUUUUAAUAAUAUUUCUUACUUAAAUUGGUUGAUACUAACAUGCUGAGAGACUAAUGAAGUUCUCUAUAUCUUAGAUGCUUCCAGAGUGGGAAUAGAGCAUUGACUUAAAAACAUAAAAUGCCAACAUAUACAUUAAUCUAAAUGCAGGGAUAAUUACAGAAUUUAUUACAAAGUUGAAUGAAAAUGAUUUCUAAGAAACUUGCACAUGACUGUUGAGCAGUGAAGUGAUGGAUUUAAGCAUCGCUUAGUAUGCAUCAUGAUUUGUCCUUGUGAACAUGCCGUAAAUGUGAUAGAAUGUUCAGUAAGGUAUCCCUUACUCAUUCCUUACUCAUGUCCCAACGAAUAUAAUAAGCAUGUGCUGGGUAUGCACAUAAACAUACGCAUUCAUAAAGAGUCUGAUACAUUUUCCUAAUUUCUGUUAUAUAUAUUAUUUACAGUCUAAUGACUGUUAUUAAUUUAAUUUUGCAACUGUAUCCUAUAUCAAGUGCUUUUAUGUUUUACAAAGAUUUUUUUCAUGUAAAAAUUAGAUGAAGGUAUAAAGAUCUAAUUGUGAUAUUUCCUGGCCUACUUUAAGGGAGACAUAAGAUGCUGCAUCCUUUGUCAAGAGCAUGGAAAUAAUCACUGUAAAUUAUUCUUACCGUAGUGACUUAUUGAGGGACUAGAAUGCUAGUGAUUUGAUACCCAUUUUGUAAUGAUGUAAUACCCCUCUGUAUGAGAUGAUUAUUGUGGACAUGAUACUGUGAUAUUCUUAUAGAAUACAUAUUGUAUAGCAAGUGUGGAGCAAACACUGGAUUUAGGGGCUUUAUCCAUUUACAUAGAUAAUUAUUGGAAGGAAUUGUAAUAUAUAAAAUUCUCUGGAAACUUGGUAAUGUGCCUAUGAUCUAGCUAUAGAAAGGAAAAUUUCUUUGGUAUUUGAGAUUAUUUGCUGAUCUGAACCUGAAUAUUUUGUGGCAUUGAAAAAAAAAUGUAAAUGUUUUGGGUAAUGAAUAGCAUAGACUGACUUCUUGUACAUAGAGUAUUUUCACAUUUUGUAUUUUUAUGAUAGCAUAGGUCCAUCUAAUGCAAUUAGAAGUUGUUAAGAUAUGUUACUAUAGUACCACUUCAAUAACUACUCAGUGCCAUUCUUUUGAAAAUUACCCAUUUAAUGGUGGUGGUGGGAACAUAAUGAGUUACAUCACUCUAUUUGGUUGUAUAUACCAUUAAACAGAAUCUCGUCUUUAUGGAUCUACAAGGCUUUUUUAGCCCUUUGUCCAGUUAACUAUUUCCUUUAUUGUGGAUAUUAUAUAUUCACUCAUGUUGUAGAGGAUGGAAACAUUUAUGCUGGUCUAUAUUACCAGCUUUAAAUUACCAUAUUUUAUUGAUACUCUAGACUAUAUUUAGUAUAAAGUUAUACUUAAACUCUUCUAUCAACAUCCUUCAAGAUAUUUAUGCAAUUAAAUCCGUAUGCUCUGUGCAACAUUUGCUAUCUUGGGUCUGUUUCAACGAUUACUUGGCCAUACUAUAUGUUAUGCUCAGCAAAAUUUGUCUUCAUUUUAUUUUGUGGUGUUAAUACCAAGAAAGCAAUAUAAUGUGUAGAUGAUUUAAAAUAACUAUGUAGAAUUUUUGCUCAAUUUAUCUACUAAUGUUUCUUGUUACACAUCGACAUCUGAGUCUUCAUCAGUAUGCGUGUAUUUUAUGCCUCAUAUCUACUUACCUUUACUGGAUAACCAACCAGACCCAGACUUAUGCCUGCUUUCAUGCUAUGUAAUCACAUGCAUAUCCAUGUGCAUGGUGUGUAUGCAUGUGCAUGCACCCACACACAGACACACACACACAUACAGACACACACAAACACAUACAGACACACACAAACACAUACAGACACACACAAACACAUACAGACACACACAAACACAUACAGACACACACAAACACACACAAACACACACAAACACACACAAACACACACAAACACACACACACACACACACACACACACACACACACACACACACACACACACACACACACACACACACACACACACACACACACACACACACACACACACAUACACAUACACACAUACACACAUACAGACACACACACACAUACAGACACACACACACAUACAGACACACACACACAUACAGACACACACACGCACACAUACAGACAUACACACAUACAGACACACACACACACACACACACAUACAGGCACACACACACAUAUAGACACAUACAGACACACAUACAUAUACACACACACACACACACACAUAUAUACACACACACACACAUAUACACACACACACACACAUAUACACACUUACACACACACACGCACACGCACAUGCACAUGCACAUGCACACACAUAUAUAUGUGAACUCAUCCAUCCUUGCACAUUUACAUGACACAGAUUUUAUUCUGACAAAAAUAUGCAAUUAACCCCCCCCCCCCCCAUUUCCUCUUCACUAAUACAAGCAUGCUUAUGUGCACUUGCAUACAUGUAUACACUACUCCUACAUGCACGCACAUACACCAUUCACAUACAAGAUAUGCAGAUUUAUUUAUUAAUGCAAACAGAUUUAAUUAAUGUAAAGGUGCUCUAUAAUAUCUUCAUAAUGCUCACAGUGACCAUUUUGCUGAGUAAGAUUAUAUAGUAUGUAGCAUAUUUCCCUGGUAUUAAUGUAGUAGAAUAAAAUUACCAGUCCUUUUGGUGACUGAAUAGCUCAUUGUCUUCUAUUUUAGAAUAAUAAAGGUUAGGAAAAUGUAGUAAAAUGAUUUCCACGAUGGUAUAUGCUGAUUUUGUAAUUGUUCUUUUCCUCGCUGGGUAUUUAAAAAAAAAAAACUGUUUGUGUUCUAUAUUUAUUUUUCGAUGGCGGGAAAUAUUUUUAUGACCCUUUGUGCAAAAUUGGAAGUAAAUCAUUGUGAAAGAACUUUAUUGUUAUGGCUCAUAUGAGGUCGUGUGUAAUGGGAAAUAUUAAAUUAUAGAAUAGUCAUUACAUAUAUAUUGGUAUUAUAGUAAAUGACUAUAUUGGAACCAAAUUAUAUGAGCAUCAUUAUGAAAAGUCAGUGCAGACGUACUGCUUGAUUAUAGUAGCUUAAGGUUAUAAUGGGAAUUUUAUAGAGUGGUAGGAGAGAUCAUUAUUUAUUUUUUGUAACGUUAUUAGCACUUUCAGGUUCAAUGACACUUGUUUCAUCUUUUAGAAAAUUGCAGUGAAUUCCAAACAGAAAGAUAAACACAAGUAAAGAAUAUAAAAGAAUGUAUAUACAGAAUAUUUAACAUCUUCAAUUUUGUAUUUUCAGUAGUGUCAAAAGUGUUGAUGUUAAGAAUGUCUUUAUUGUGAUUAUUUAUGGCAUGUUCAGUCUCUGUCUACAAGUGUGUUGUUGUGGAGUGUCAAUGAACUUGAGAACAUUAAAAGUAUUGUUAACUAGAGUUCUCACUCUUAUUCUUGUUCUUCAUUACAUUAUCUGGGUUAAAGUUUAUGAAUCUGUUUCUGAGAAGGAAGAAUACAUAGUAAUGGUAUAUGAUCAUCUGGUAAAUAUAUUGAAUGACAUGUGCA